UUAGUAGCAAGUGUACACCGAACUAUAGACCCAGUACAUUAGUCGGAGCACAUACACUAGCUAAAGCCCCGAAGGUUACCACUUCUGACGACCACUCGUGUUAUGACAGAAAAAUUCAAUGAAACUAUGUGGGUGCUUUGUAUACCGUUUUAACAGAUAAUAAGCGUCCCAUAUAAAACGCAGAGUGAAUAGUUAGCCCUUAUUUUGUGAAAAAUAAACGAAGCAAGAACAAUGUUCAGUUUGAGUAUAGUUCCAGUUUUUGUUUUGGUUUUGUUAAACCCAGUAUCCCCAUUCGACUUCCCAAACUUUGUCUUCCCAAACGUGCCAACUGUCGAAGAUAUACUGUACGGUCCCGUGCCUUUCGACAAUCGGAUCGUUGGAGGCGAGAAUGCGACCAUAGAAGAACAUCCUUACCAAGUGUCGUUUGUUGUGAACAAUUCCUACUUUUGUGGAGGGUUCAUUGUGAGUGAGAAUUAUAUCCUGACUGCAGCCCAUUGUGCUCAAAAUGUAGACCCAUCGUCAGUCGUCCUUAGAGCUGGGAGUACUUGGAGAAAAAAUGGCACAAUAAUACCCAUUGCUGAAGUGAUUGCUCACCCAGAGUAUAACAACCCAGCCUUCGAUAAGGAUGUAGCGGUGAUGAAGACAGCGGAACCAAUCACUUUCACUGACACCAUACAAAGCAUUGCAUUGCCGAAAAAGGGAGAGUAUUUGAAAGGGAAUUCUGUGAUCAUGGUCAGUGGAUGGGGGAAAACUAAUCAAGCAGCCAAUACAAUACCGGAGAAUCUGAUGCACGUGGAGAUCCCUGUGGUGCCUCACUGGCAGUGCUUUGUGGUGUACGCCACGGUGCUCACGGACAACAUGUGGUGUGGAGGCAACUUCGUGCUUGGUGGAAAAGGAACCUGUCAGGGUGACUCUGGUGGUACGGCUAUCCAGAACGGUAAGGCAGUGGGUAUCGUCUCGUUCGGCCGUGGAUGUGGCCAGAGUUUCUCGCCGAGUGUCUUCGCCGACACUGCUGCACCCACUAUAAGGGACUUUAUCACUGAACAUACAGGAUUGUAAGCAUUGAAAGAAAAAUGGCAAGACUUAUGGAACAGUUUACUACAUAGUUAAGUUUAUUUAUUCUUGUAUUAAGGUUUUGAUUAAGAAUGUUUAUUUAUCAUAAAUGAG